ACUGCAACAACAAAAAAAUAGCCGGGUGUUGUGGCAGGCGCCUGUAGUCCCAGCUGCUCGGGAGGCUGAGGCAAGAGAAUCGCGUAAGCCCAGGAGUUAGAGGUUGCUGUGAGCCAUGUGACGCCACGGCACUCUACCGAGGGCGGUAAAGUGAGACUGUCUCUACAAAAAAAAAAAAAAGGGGGGGGGAACUGUGGUGAAGAAACUGUUAGCGUUCUUGCCUCUUUCAGUCUCUUUUUGGACAGCAUCCUGUCACUCAAGAUUAGGGAGGUGGGGCCUGAGGCCCUGUCCAAUCAGGGAUGCUCCAGAAUGAACUGUCCAAUCAGAUGCACAGCCAGAAAGACCACGGCGGCUCCGGGAAUCCUGAGCAGCAUUCGUCUCUUUCUCUGGGCACUGAUCUGGGCAACCGUCUUCAGCUUUUGCGUGUCCUGGAGAAUCCAGGUGUCUCUAGAGCCGCCUCUGUCAUCCUGUCACCUGCAGGUGCGGGGAGAUUUGUAGGGAUGACACCGGGACAUCCCGGAAGCUGGAAAAUGGAACUAUUGACAUUUAGAGAUGUGUCUAUAGAAUUCUCUAUGGAUGAGUGGGACUGCCUGGACCCUGCUCAGCAGAAUUUGUAUCAGGAUGUCAUGUUGGAGACCUACAGACACCUGGUCUUCCUUGGGCUUGCUGUCUCUAAGCCGGACCUCAUCACCUGUCUGGAGCAAAGGAAAGAACCCUGGAAGGUGAAGACUCACCAGACAGUGGUCAAGCACCCAGUUAUAUGUGAUCAUUCUACCCAAAGCAACUCACAAGUUCUGGGCAUGAAUAUUUCAUUACCAGAGAUAAUCCUGAGAAGAUAUGAAAAUGAUAGCCCUGAGAAUUUCAACUCAAUAAAAGACUGGGAUAGGGUGUGUGAGUAUAAGCAGCAGAAAGUAUGUUACAAUGGACUAGAUGAAAGUUUAACAGCUAUGCAUGGUAAAACCUACGAAUGCAGUAAACCUUUCAAAGUUGUCAGAAAAUUAUCAAAUGUAAGUAGACAUAAGAUUAUAUGUACCAGGGAAAUAACAUUGGAAAGUAAAAAAUAUGGGAAAGCCUUAAAACUAUGCUCAAACUUUGGUAAACAUAAGAUAAACCAUUUUGUGGAAAAGCAGUACAAAUGUAAAGAAUGUUGCAAAGUCUUUAAAUCUUGCUCAAGACUGUCUAAGCACAGGGGACUUCAUACUGCAGAGCAAAUCUCCCAUUGUGAGAAUGAUGACAAGUGUCUUAGCCACAGCUCAAAAUAUUCCAACUAUAAGACAAUUUAUAAUGUGGAGAAACCCUGCAAAUGUAAAAGUGACAAAUCCUGUAAUGAUGACUCAUCCCUUUCUGUACAUAAAAUAAUUCAUUCUGGAGAGAAACCCUACAAAUGUGAAGAAUGUGGCAAAGCCUUUAACCAGUACUCAACCCUUUCUGUACAUAAAAGAAUUCACUCUGGAGAGAAACCCUACCAAUGUGAAGUAUGUGGAAAAGCCUUUAACCGGUACUCAUAUCUUUGUAGACAUAAGAAAAUUCAUUCUGGAGAGAAACCAUACAAAUGUGAAGAAUGUGGAAAAGCCUUUAACAAUUCCUCAACCCUUUCUAUACAUAAAAGAAUUCAUUAUAGUGAGAAACCCUACAAAUGUGAAGAAUGUGGAAAAGCCUUUAACCAGUACUCAACCCUUUCUGCACAUAAAAGAAUUCACUCUGGGGAGAAAGCCUACAAAUGUGAAGAAUGUGGCAAAGCCUUUAAACAGUACUCAUCCCUUUCUGUACAUAAAAGAAUUCAUUCUGGAGAGAAACCCUACAAAUGUGAAGAAUGUGGAAAAGCCUUUAACCAGUCCUCAACCCUUUCUGUACAUAAAAGAAUUCAUUCUGGAGAGAAACCCUACAAAUGUGAAGAAUGUGGAAAAGCUUUUAAUGAGGCCUCAACCCUUUCUAUACAUCAAAGAAUUCAUUCUGGGGAGAAACCCUACAAAUGUGAAGAAUGUGGCAAAGCCUUCAAUCGGUAUUCACACCUUUCUGUACAUAAAAGAAUUCAUUCUGGAGAGAAACCCUACAAAUGUGAAGAAUGUGGCAAAGCAUUUAAAUAUCACUCAAACUUUUCUGUACAUAAAAGAAUUCAUUCUGGAGAGAAACCCUACAAAUGUGAAGAAUGUGAAAAAGCCUUUAAACAGUACUCACACUUUUCUGUACAUAAAAGAAUUCAUUCUGGAGAGAAACCCUACGAAUGUGAAGAAUGUGGCAAAGCCUUCAACCGGUACUCGCACCUUUCUGUACAUAAAAGAAUUCAUUCUGGAGAGAAACCCUACAAAUGUGAAGAAUGUGGAAAAGCCUUUACACAGUACUCAAACUUAUCUGUACAUAAAAGAAUUCAUUCUUGAUAGAAACCCUAUGAAUGGCAACAUUGUGGCAAAUUCUUUAAUCACUACUCACACCUUUCUCUACAUAAAAAAAAAUUCUUUCUGGAGAGAAACGUUACAAAUAUGAAUACUAUGGCAAACCCUUUAACCAGGCUGUACAUUAAAAGAAAAUGAGAUAACAUGGAAACCCUAGAAAUGUGAAGAAUGUGGCAGUACCUUACUUGGUAUUUGUAACUUAAUGAAGCUUAUAGGAAUUUACGCUGGAGAGAAAUCCCACAACUGUGAACGGUUUGCUGAUGCACUUAACCAGAGCUCAAAGUUUACUAUACGUAAAAAUUCAUAUUGGAGAGAAAUGUUACAAAUGAGGAUAAUAUGGCAAACGUUUUAACUGAUUCUUGGCCCUUAGUAAACAUAAGAGAAAUCAUGUCAGAGAAAAAUCACAAUAUGAAGGUGUGUGGAAGCUUUAUGCCAGAAAUCACAUUUUUCUGUACACAGAAUUCAUGUUGAACAGAAAGGCUAUAAAUGUGAAGAAGGUGACAAGUGUUUAACUUCUGCUCAAACAUUUCUCAAUGAAAUUUAUGACAGAGAAAACCCCUACAACUGUGAAGACAGUGUCAAAUCCUAUAACCAGGAUUCACACAUUUCAGGACAGAACAGGAUUUAUAGAGAUAUUCUACAGUUAUGAAGACUAUGACAAUGUCCUUAAAUUUUUCUCAUACUUUUGUAAUCAUAAUUCAUAUGGAAGAAAUUCUCUACAAAUGUCAACGAUGUCUUAAAGUUGUGUUUAUCCUGUUUGGUAGGGCUAGGGAGAGGCAGGGGCAGAUGAUUCUAGGGCAUACUUGUCCAUAAUGAGAAGAAACAAAAUUACCAGACUGGGCUGCCAAGAAAGAAAAGUAUUUCAGGAAGGGUUUCAAUAACUGAACCGAUGUUUGCUCUACAAAAAUGACUCUCAGAGGUAGAGAGGCCCCAGCAUGCACAUAUGGCCAAGGCUACCAAAAGGGGUCCUUGCAGCAUGCGUACAAGUAAGGUGACAGUAGCCUCAAGGGACCCAUUUUCAUAAACACAGUAAAAUAUUCACCAGUUUUUUUUUUUGUUUGUUUGUUUUUGAGACAGAAUCUCUCUUAUUAACCCUUGGUAGAGUACUGUAGCGUCACUGUUCACAGCAACCUCCAAUCCUUGGGCGCAGGUGAUUCUGUUGCCUCAGCCUUCCUAGCAACUGGGACUACAAUCACUUUUAUCACAAUUUACAAAUACUAGAACAACUUCUAGAAAUUGAUUUACAGGGAUAGAAAUGGGAGGACUCUCCAUUCGGGAAUUUUUCCCCCUUUCCAGGAAAAAUAGUAAAUAUAUUACCCCCUUCCCCUCACCACUUAAUGUAGAUUUGGAAAGUUGUCAUGAACGGGAAAAAUCUCACUAACCCAGCGUUUCUCCACUUGAUAAGGUAGAUGUCUCCCUUCUCUGGAGUGUACUGUGCUUUAAUAAACUUUGACCUUUUGCUCACUUG